AAUCUCCUCAUACUUUCGGUGACAUCUUUUAAUUUUUAUUUUCAUCUUUAAUUAAUUUAUUUUUUGCUAAUUUUCUGUCUAUUUUUCUUCUAUUUAUUUUACGAGGAACAACAAUUUUAGGACGUUUCGAAGAAAAAUUCUUUAAAAAAAAUGAGUUUACCUCGUGAAAAACCUGUUAAGCUCGCUAAUGAUCUUAACAUGCCUUUUCGUUUUAAUGGUGAGCAUUUCAAAAGAUGGAAAGGAAAAGUUUUGUAUUAUCUCAAUUUGUUAAAAUUGGCAUAUGUCCUCAAUGAGGAAAAUCCUAUUAAUUUGUCAACCGAAGGUAUGAGUGCUGAGGAAAAGAAAUCUCACAAGAAGAAAAUGUAUGCUGGUAGCCGAUGGCUGCGCUUCCAAAUGGUGGAUGACAAGUCGGUGGUGUCACAAAUUCGAGAGUUACAAAUGCUUGCUCAUGAGUUCCGGUCUGAAGGCAUACGAAUUGAUGACAAUCUCGAAGUUGUAGCCAUUAUUGACAAGCUGCCGCCUUCAUGGAAGGAGUUCCAAAAGACGAUGCGUCACAAGCAAAAGGAGAUCACCAUGGAAACUCUUUUAACUCGUAUUCGAGUUGAAGAGGAGGCAAGGAAUCAAGAUGCUCGAACAACAAAUGGAGGCAACACAUCCAAGGGACCAAUUUGGCAUUUAUUCCGAAAGAUGCAUGGUACUCCCAUGUCACGUCAGAAUUGAUUAAAGAAGUAAAGAAGAACGCAUCUUUUAUUUCCUUCUUCUUUUUUUUUAAUUGAAGGGUAGAAAUGGAAAGGUCCGCUACGGCAAGGUGUUAUUGAACCUGAGUUGAGGUUGUUUACUUAUUGUAGGUUGUAGGUUGAAUGUUCGAGUUUCACAAAAUUUUUUUUUUCAUUUCCCUAAAUAAUUAUAAUCUAUUAAA